AUGGGAGAUCAAACAAUCUCCAUUGAUGAAGACCUCAUCGCUCAGGUCACGGGUCUUUGCAAGGAAGGAAGCAAUUACUACAGAGACAUAAAAUUGAGCAAGGAGGCUAUUGAGCGAUACCCUAAAACAAAAAAGGAGAAGAAGCACCUGGUGAGUACCAAGCCCUCCUCCUUGAAGGCUAAGAAAAAAUCUAAAGAAAAGGUUUUCCAGAUCCGCUCCUCCUCGAAGGAGGAGGUCUCUGAGGAUUAUGAGAAGGAUGAACCCCAGUCUCCUCGGAAAAAGAAAAGUAAAACUUCCAUUCAGAUAAGGAACAAACAGAAGAGGCAAAAAGAUAAUGAUAUGGAGCUGGAAGAAAAAGCGCAGAGAAAGGAUCCUGACGUCGACCAUAAAUUGGAGGAGGAGAUCACACAGGAAGGUUUUGAUCAGAGGGUUGAUGGAAAUGUUGAUAAGAUCACUAGUGGUGACGUCCCCAAAAAUGAACAAGACAAUUCUGGUGAGAAAACUCCCCCUUCAAAUCCUCCCACUGAGGGAUUAAAAGAAUAUGUUGAGGAUUUGAGUAAAACUAUUGCCAGAGCCGAAUAG